UUAAUUAAAAUAAAAAUGAGACCUGAGCCACCACCUAAAGCCAAACCAAUAGAGAAAGAAAAAGAUUGCAUUUUAUUCAGCAAUUCACCAAUCGAAGACGUGAACCAUGCGAAAAGUUUUUGGAAAUCAUUAACUCUCCAACCUCCACUGGAAUCACGAUUAGUUUCCGCGGACAUACGACAACGUUUACGAAUAGCAACACCACCGAAUAAACCCCCCAAAAAAACAAGAAGAUCCACUACAACAUGGGAGGAAACAAAAACAGCGGUGUUUUUACACAAUGCUUAUCAACAAGACAAAAAAGAAGUUAAACAGAAGUAUAGACAGCUGAUGCUUCAAAGGGAAGCAGCCUUGAAUCUUCUCCAUAAGCAAAGACUCGAGAGGCUCCAGAAAGAAUUAAUCUCUCUUCCUUACAAACCCGCACAAAAAACUUUUGACAAUAAAAUUGAAGAAGACUAUAUAUCUGAUGAGUUAGAGUGAAUAAAGAUGGUAUUAUUAUCAGUGUUACUUGUAUCAUCAAUGUUGGGGAAUUGUUCGUUUUCUCCAAAACAGGACUUUUUAUGAGCAAGUUGCUGAUAUGCAAGGAGCUUCCAUUUAGAUAAGAUUUGUAAGGAGUUACUAUAUUUAGAAGGUUCAGAUUUUUCGUUUCUGAAUUGUCAUUUUAUUGUAUUUUACGUCCAUUUCUUUCAAAAAUAGGAAGGUUCUGUACAAGUAGGCACUGUACUGAUACAUGAAAAACUGC